CUAGCAUAUCUCUUUAAAAGUUAGAAAUUUAGGGAUAUGCACAGCUUCAGGCUUCUGGGUGCAAAGAAACUACUACACCACAGAAGAGGUACCAUUGGUGGUACCUCGGCCACGUUUGGCGCUCAGUUCAAAAAGUGGUGUCUGAGUGCGCACAUGGUAUUUACGUUUCGCUAUUGUUCUCGAAAAGGUUUAUUGUUUAACUGAGCUCUUAACUAACUUUAACUGAGCAAUUACAAUUCUUGUCAUGGGUCGAGUUAGGAGAAAACCACGUAUUACGUCUAGUCAUAAAUGUGUAAUCUGUGGGUUAGGUUUUUACAGUAGUGCGACUUUAGUCAGACAUAAAACUCAGGUUCACGAUGGUGUAAAAAAAUGGAGUUGCCAUGUUUGUGGUAAAUUAUUUGCACAAAAGAGUGAUUGUACCAGACAUGUAAAACGUGGAUGUAAGUUAGUAGUGGUGAAAUGCAGAUUUUGCAAGUUACGCUUCGAUUCAAAUUGGAAGAGAUUGACUCAUGAAAAACAAAGCCACGCAGAAAAGUUUUACAAGUGCAAACAAUGUGAACAAUUAUUUCCUAACAACUCCAAACUUGAUGCACACAUUAGAGCAGUUCACCUGGAUAUAAGGAAGUUUGAAUGUAGUAUUUGUGGACACAAAACUGCAACGAAGGGGAAUUUAACCGCCCACAUGGAGACACAUUCAACUUCUACUCCUCUGACCGCUGCACAAGCAAAUCUGGAAAGAUACAGAAAGUUUCGAGCGGAUGGCCAUCAAGUUCAGAGUAUCGUGACACCAAGUGAUUUCGAGUACUACCUAAAAUUACACAAACGGCAGGAAGAUCGAGUUCAAGCUGCGGAAAAUUUGAUACCUGAACUCGAAGCCGAAAAUCUUAUGCAGCAACACAAAGAAGGUUAUUAUUACACAUCUGAUGGAAAUGAACGAAGUAUAAUACAAUAUAUCAAAGGAGACAUGAACGGUUUAGGUCAUCGGUCGUACGGGUACGUUUGGCGACAAGGAGACACCUUCGAAAUUGAAGAUGUUUAUGUGGGGACAAGUAAGAGCACCGCACAGGAAACUGCCCGCAAUAAGUGGACCAAGCUCGGUUCAACUUUAACCAGUGGCUGUAAUGAUCGAUAUAUGUACAAGAAGGGAUUCUUCUUUUGUCCAGAAGAAGCAUUCGAGAUUACUGGAUUUGUGACUGACCGAGAUUGGAUUGCAAAAGAUCUGAAAAUGUAUGCACGAGCAGAAUGUGGCGCAGUUGCCUCCUUGGUUUCAAAGAACGCGUACAUUAGCUUACAGGAGUUUCGGUAUCAAUUGAGUCAAGGGCUGAAAAAUUCAAACCACCUAUGGCUUGACCCACCGACGACAUCUGUUGUCACUGGAGGUCUCAGUCAGUCGCCAAGUCGCCGUUCUUCUCCACGAAAAUCAUCGUCCCGCCCUCAGGUUUCCUCUGAUUCUGAACCAGAUUUUAUUCCCAAAAAGAAAUCGAAACCAAGCACAUCACGAUCUUCGUCUAAAUCAGACAUGACCACCAAGAAGUCUGAUAAAGAAAAGGAUUCUCCGGUAUCAAAGAAAGCAUCUAAAAAAGAGAAGGAGGAGAAGGAAGAGAAACCACCCCUCACAGAGGAGGAGAAGAAAAAGAAAGCAUCAAACUUUGCAAAAUUGUUAGCUCAUCAAUCAUCGAAGCCACGUCAUCUUGGAGAAAAACGACUUCCCAUCGGGGCGAAGGAUUGUUUGGCCGGUCUGACUUUUGUGCCUACAGGUGUAUUGGACUCCUUGGAGCGAGAUUCUUGCAAAACCUUGGUGGAAAAAUAUGGAGGCCGCGUAACUACAGCUAUUAGUAAGAAAACGACCCACUUGAUUGUCGGUGAUGACCCAGAAGUAAUGAAACUAUUGGGAGCUGUAAAACAACGAAUUACGAUUGUGUAUGAAUCCAAUUUGCUAGAAAUGAUUCGUGUUUCUAAUCCUGAUGGAAAUAAUAACGAAGAAGAAGAAGUUAUUGAAAUGUUGGAUUUGGGAGAUUCUGAAGCACUCCCCCCACCCCCACCACCAACUUUGAUGUGGGUAGACAAGUACAAACCAAAAACGAUGAAGCAAAUCGUUUCACAUGGAAAGGACACGGGAAAUGCGACCAAAUUGGUUAGAUGGUUAACUAAUUGGUUUAAAUAUCAUGGAAAAGCCAAUGACAAGGCAAAAACAAAUCCCCCAGGAUUUCGUGACCCAGAAGGGAAAACGUAUAAGUGUGCUUUAUUCUCGGGGCCGCCGGGUAUUGGGAAAACCACUACAGCGCAUCUGGCAUGCAAAAAAGUUGGCUAUGAUUAUUUCGAGCUGAAUGCAUCAGAUACGCGAAAUAAGAAAGGUCUUCACCAAAUCGUUUCUGAUGCCCUGUCCUGUAAAACCAUGUACGGAGGGAUUAAUGACCUGACCAAGCAGCACGUUCUGAUCAUGGAUGAAGUGGACGGAAUGAGUGGAAAUGAAGAUCGGGGCGGAAUUCAAGAGCUCAUUGGCUUGAUAAAAACUUCUCGUGUCCCAGUGAUCUGCAUUUGUAAUGAUCGGAAUCAUCCAAAGAUCCGCUCACUUGCCAAUUACUGCUUUGAUCUCCGUUUUAACAAGCCAACCAUUUAAGAAUUGAAAGCAUUGGUGGCGACGAUAUCAUUCCGAGAAAAGUUGAAGAUUGAUCCUCAGCGAGUUAUCCAACUCUGCAUCUCAACCGAUAUGGGCAUUCGACAAAUUAUCCACACGUUGGAAUUGUACAAAGAUACCAAUGCAGAAAAUGUCUCUGCUCCGAAGAAAGAUUUAAGAUUUGGACCGUGGGACGUUUGUAGAAAAGUUUUCCUUAACCCAGAGCACGAAAUGAAGAAUAUUCAUGAGAAGACUGGAUUGUUCUUUCAAGAUUAUUCCAUCGGAUCACUGUUUAUUCAAGAAAAUUAUCUUAAAAUGGUUCCAGUCAAAGCAAAGCAAAAAUAUUCAGAAGCAAUUGAUGGACAUCGUCAGUUGGAAUUAAUUGCACGCAUCGCUGCUGCCAUCUCAUUAGGUGAUGUCGCGGAAACAAUGAUUCAGAAAACGAAUAAUUGGUCAUUGUUACCCGUUCAAGGAAUUUUUUCUAGCUACAUACCUGGAGAGUUAAUGGAAUCGAAUUUAUGUGGCAACAUAGAAUUCCCAAGCUGGUUGGGAAAGAAUUCCAACAAAAACAAGCGUCAACGGUUACUCCAAUCACUGCACACUCACGUCCAUCUUCAAGUCAGUGCUAGUUUGGAAGCUCUGAACAUGGAUUAUCUACCUUAUCUUAGGAGAAAGAUUUGCACUCGAUUAGGCAGUGAUGAUGUUACAGCCGCUGCGGAAGUCAUGGAGACGUACAGUUUGAGACGGGAUGACUUUGACUCGCUGAAUGAUCUCGGGCACUGGCCAGGAAUGAAGAACCCCCUAAAACACGUGGAUAGUGUCACAAAAACCGCCUUUACGCGGAUGGUAAAUAAACAAGUGUUGCCAUAUGCGACUGAUAAGUUAGUCAAUAAAGGGAGAAAGACUGCUACGGAUAUUGAAGGGUACGGUGAGGAAGCAGAAGAAGUCUGCGGUGUUUCUGAGGAGGACGAAUAAGUCAAAAAAUCACUAAUCACUAAAAUUAUAAACUCAACAUUGACAUUAAUUUCUUCAAUUAACAAACACCGGUUUUCUAGGUGACUUAAUUUUGUUAGCAUAAUAGUUGUAGUUAGACCCAAACUAGUACCAAAUGUUACACUUUACUUAUACCGGUAUUAUAAAUAAAUGAAUUAGCAUUAAAUGAGAAACUUGUAUCAGUU